AGAAAGCAAAGGACUCCCCUCUCUCUCUCUCUCUCUCUCUCUCUCUCUCUCUCCCUCCCCCCUUCAUAGCCCCCAUUUUUAUUGUUGGGGGCUAACUGCUAAUCAGUUUGGAGAUUUCCCCCUUCACUUUCUAGGGAGGGGAGAGAGGGCCCUUAAUCAACCGCAGAGGAAAGCUCAAUGUUCUCGGCACUGCACUCCCUGCCCCAGCUAGAUCACGGGGCCGGCAUGGGCGCCGACUUCGCCGGCGGUCCCUUCGAUGGGACCCAUCUCGGCGGCGGCGGCGGCAGCGACUCCUGCCUCGUCCUCACCGCCGACCCCAAGCCCCGCCUCCGCUGGACGGCCGAGCUCCAUGAGCGCUUCGUCGACGCUGUGACCCAGCUCGGCGGGCCCGACAAAGCAACCCCUAAGACCAUUAUGCGGACAAUGGGGGUGAAAGGCCUUACACUUUAUCACUUGAAAUCACACCUUCAGAAAUACCGCUUGGGAAAACAAUCAUGCAAGGACUCAAAUGACAACCAAAAGGACGCUCCUUGCAAUGCUGAGGGCCAAGGCCAGAACACGAGUUCAUCUUCAGCUCCAUCAAGAGUGAGCCAGCAAAAGUCAAAUGAUGGUUUACAAGUUACCGAGGCUCUGAGAGUGCAAAUGGAAGUCCAACGAAGACUUCAUGAGCAGCUUGAGGUCCAGCGCCGCCUCCAACUGAGGAUCGAUACACAGGGGAAGUACCUACAGUCGAUACUGGAGAAAGCCUGCAAAGCCCUUAAUGAGCAGUUUGCUGCAUAUUCUGGGGUUGGAGUUGAAGCAGUGGGGGAAGACCUCUCUGGACUAACCAACAAAGUUCCCAACGACUCUUCGGGAAACUCACAUUUGAGCCCUUCCGCUAAAACAAUCACCUUGUCUGAGAUAGCAAAUUCAAUAGAAUCCAAGAACAUGCCCACUGGUGACUGUUCUUUGGAGAGCUCAAUCGGGAACCAGUUCUCCCCAACAGGACUCGGGUUGGGGAGUUCCGCGAUGAGGAAGAGACCAUUUGAGAGCAGUAUGCAGAAACAAGUAGAGUGGAUGAUGAACAAUAUAUGAAUUGCUUUCCGGGCUAAUCAUCUCCGUAUCAAGAAUGGACUAAUCCGAAGUUCUUCUAGGUUCUUUCUGAGUUCCGUAGUUGUAGUACUGUCUUUGUGUAUAUAUAUCCUCGGAGAGGAUCUCUGAACAUGUGAACACUUGGUAAUUGAAAUUAUCGAUGGUCGCCAUUGAUUUGCUUUGUUCAGGGGAAAAGUUUGGACCUCA